GAAGAAAGUGUGAAAGUACAACUGCAAAAAAUCCCCUCACACUUACCCCUCAUAGGCACUAAAGUGGAUUAUGUUUGCAUUACAGAGACAUAAAACAAGUUAUGUCUCCCCACACUAAGCAGCACUUCUGAAGCUAAGGUAAACUCUCCUCCUCUUACAGCUCUGACCACAACCACAAAAUUAAACUAUCUGGGCUCUAAAAACUGAAAUGAGCAUUACAUGAAUCUGACAAAUCAUCUCCUGAAAUGUUAAAUCAAAAACAUCAGAGUUCAGAUUACAGGGUCUUUAGAUUGUUUUUAGUGUUGUAGAUAAUACUGAAAAUUAAAAAGCUACUCCUCUUUGAUAACUGUCACGUUGGAUAAACAUUUUAUCAGCUGUGCAGUAGGCAAAGCGUUAUAUUUGAAUUAUGUUAUAGUGACAGUGGAAUAUGCUCUGCAUCUCAAGAAGGAAACCUCCCUUUCAGCUCAAAGUGCAGAAUUAGCCAUUAGCAUUGAGCAAUCUGGUCAGAGUUGUGGAUUUUAAUAAGGUGGUGGGUAGUUGUGCACAGAGACAGGCGAGGGAGAAAUGCCUCAUCAGGCUUUUUGUCAGGUAUUGAGAUAAAUUGAGCUUCGGUGUGUAACAAGUGAGACAGCAGUGCACACGGCUGUGAAUGGAAACUGCAUGAUAGUUAAAUACUUAAAUCUUUUAUUGACAACUGACAUGGUUCAUUUUGUGUUUAAUAAUGCCUAUAUUAGCCACGCUGCUAGGUCUAGCUUCAUAUUUAGUGUACACAUCUAGACUCUAAACUUUCCUUUAAAGAGUUUGUAAUAUAUUGUCUGAAGUUCUUAAAUUUACAGCUAGUGCUCAAAACACACAUAUUUAUUGAUGCACCUGACCAGAGACUACUGUGUAAGUUCCUAUAGUGGCCUGUAAGAUUCUUGCAGGGUCCCUGCAGUUGAAUCAAUACAGCAGGAACACUGUCUGCAUCUUGAAUCAUCCCAUCUUUCCAUCAUUUACAUGCAACUAAUGGCAUCUGCAUCCAUCGCUGGGAGGCAUCUUAUCAAUUCAAGACCUCUCUCAUGUCAUAGCAGAUCCUGGAAAUAUGCUCCACAGAUAUGAAAACGCUCCUUCUGCAGCCAGCAGGCUACGGCAAAGACACUUUGUCCCCGCAGCUCUUCAUUUUGAUGCAAAUGUGAGGCAGCUUUGCAGGUUUGAAGGGGGAGGGGAAUUGGGACCAGGGGAAAUGCAAUUGAGGGAUUUCUUUGUGAGGCCCGACGCAAAUCCCAAAUGUUCUCAGGGUUGAAAACAAAAACAGCAUGGGUGCUCCACCGGGUACGUUAGCCCCUUCAAUAGAUGCACCUUCUGCCACACAAAAGCACUGAGGGCUUUCACGCCAAACUGUGCUUCAGGAAUAUUCCGCUCCUCAUGAUGGAAAUUUACGAAUCCAAAAAAACUGCAGCCAUCAUGAAUCCAGCGCUGAUCAAGUCCCUGGUUGUGUUAUAAGACUUUUUUAGUGGUCUGAUGAAGGGAGUCGCCCUGUCAGUCAGGGAGAACUAACGCCCACUGGGAGAUCUCUGGCUGGCUCCUGUGUCUGUGUGAAGCCAGUGUACAUGGUGGCAUGUGGCUGGGAUUAAGAAAUUUCACUGUGGAUUAAAAUCUUUCCAACGCCUCCAUGGCCACUUGCGUCUGAAGUUCCAGGAAAGGUCCAGUGAACAGUCUGGGUCCAUGGUCUCAGUUCGCAGCUCCAGGAUGUUCCAGCUCCCCCGGGGUCACGUGAAGCCAGCUGGACACCGAAGUUGCAAAACCCGCCUGGUCACCAAAGACGGGCGCUGCAACAUUGAGUUUGGCAACAUUGAGUACAGUAACCACUUUGCGUACCUAGUGGAUUUCUGGACAACCUUCGUGGAGAUCCGCUGGCGCUUUGUUCUUCUCCUGUUUGUGGCUUCAUUCACAGGCAGCUGGUUUAUUUUCAGCCUGCUAUGGUACUGGAUCGCAAAGAGUAACGGGGAUCUGACUGGACAGAACCGUACAGACGGACACGUCCAGUGUAUAGACAAUGUUAAUGGCCUCACAACGGCGUUCCUCUACUCCUUAGAGACCCAAACCACUAUUGGGUAUGGUGGUAGGGCGCUGACUGGGCACUGUGCUGGCACGGUAGCUCUAAUUAUCAUCCAGUCUCUAAUUGGAGUCUUCAUCAACUGUUUCAUGUGUGGCGUCAUCUUGGCCAAGAUCUCCUUACCCAAAAAAAGGGCGAAGACUGUCACCUUCAGCAACACAGCUGUCAUCUGUUUGAAGAAAGGCAGUCUCUGUCUCCUGAUCAGAGUGGCCAACCUUCGAAAGACCUUAUUGAUCGGCAGCCAGAUCUACGGCAAGCUGCUCAGGACAACAAUCACACCAGAUGGAGAGACCAUCAUUCUGGACCAGGUGGACAUUGACUUUAUGGUUGACGCUGGUAAGGAUAACUUGUUUUUUGUUUGCCCUAUGACCCUCUACCAUGUGAUUGACCGAUCGAGCCCAUUCUAUGAGCUUUCGGCCGACACGCUCCCCCAGCAGGACUUUGAGUUGGUGGUCUUUUUGGACGGGACAGCCGAGUCCACCAGCUCCUCCUGUCAAGUCCGAACCUCCUACAUCCCACAGGAAAUUCAGUGGGGGUACAGUUUUCUGCCCAUCGUCUCCCGCACUAAGACAGGAAAGUAUCGCGUAGAUUUCUCAAACUUUUCCAAAAGCGUCCGGGUCACCACGCCACACUGCAUCCACUGCUUCGAGACCGACACAGACCAGAGAAACCACAACAGCCACAACCAGCAGAAAACUGGGAUCGACAACAUGGGGUUUCAGGUGAUUGACAUUCACGAUUUUGUUGAUAUCACUAAAAUGUGAAUGAGCAGGAGAGGAACUUGUACUCAGACUGAAAGUAAAGGAAAGUGAAUCAGGAUGUGGGACAUGUGUAUGAAAAAGUUUGAAAAACAUUUGGUAUUUCCUUUUAAGCAAACUUUCACUGUUAGUCAGACUAUCUUUGCACAAUAAUGAAGAAAUAUUGGGUCACACUGCUUCUUCCAGUGAACAUCUGAAUUACUGUCAACUCUUAUGCCUUGAGCAGCGACAACACUCAAAGUUGUUCAACUGUGUGGAUAAAAAUUAAGACAUGGGCGAGAGCUAAGCUGUUCAUUUCAAUCAAAGCGUCUUUGGGACUUGUGACUUUGUCUAGGUAAUGUGUGGAAGCCAGAGGAAGAGGGAUUGAAGUUUUGACGCGUAGAAAAUGAAAGGGGUAAAAUACUGGAUGGCACAGUGGGUACUUCUUGAGGAGAUUAGGGCCUGAGCCUGUUAUAAUGAAAAACUGUGUGCUAUAAAGGCCGGGGGAGGACAAAAAAGUAGGACAGGCCUUUUGAGUUUUCUCAUUAUUCAUCCUAAUUUGCUAACUUUAUGCUGUUUUUUUUGUCAUGUUGACACAUCUUGUGUGCCUUGAUAAUUAGGAAACUGUGAAUGUAGCUGCUAAAUGUGAUGAUUAUAAUUUUGACCAGUCUACAUUUUGUAGAUCAUACCGUGUAACACUGAAACUUGUUCUCAGGGAAAGUUAACAUCUUUAGUUGGAAUAAACC